AUGUAUUGCAAAAACUUUAUUAUUUUGGUCUUAGUGACGUUUUCGGCGAAUCAAAUCGGAGGAUCGGCAAUUCCAAUGUGGGAAUAUCUGUCGAAAAAUGAAAAAAUGAGUCAUCUGUACCGAUUAUUCAGCAAAGAGGUCGCUAGUUAUUGUGACGGGUCACCCAUGCCGGAUUGCACCAAAAACUACCUUGUUUCUGGACUACAGAAGUUGACCGGCAUGGACGAAAAUCAGUUGGAUAAUCUUGAUCCUUAUCAACGGAAUGCUAUUUUUAAAAUUUGGAGAGCGUUAGUUCAAGAAAAUCAAUUCAAUUCUAACGAUAGACAAGAUUUGGUGGAUUCAAAUCAAGAAACUGAUCCAAUAGCAACAAGUGACAGCGACGCCAACGAUCUAGGCGCAGAAUCCUCCCUAAUGAACGAUUACAUAAGACCAAUAGACAAUGGUCCUUAUUUAUCAGGACCAAUGGUGAUACGAGUAUUGCCAGACGGCCGUCCAGUACCAGGCGAUGAUAAGCGACCUCUGCCGCAAGACGAAGAUCUCGACGAUUUGCAGAACUUCAGAGUUCCUCUGAUUUCCGAAAUCCAGUCAGAGGAAAGAAUUCCAGUUUACAACGUAAAAAAUAAAAAAUUUUACGUUACAAACAUAAAUUCCUUGCCAACGGCGUCGCCGGCUUCAAAACUCAGAUUUUUGACUACUCAGCGCAACUACUACUACAGAAAUCCCUUUGUAUACAGCAGUGUUAAUCGCAAACCAAAAUCAGUGAGGAGUAACAAUUACCGAUAUUACUGA